AUGAGUGUAUCUUCUCGUGACAUUGAGAACAUUGACAUGGAGGCCCAGAACGGCUCCCAACAAAUGGUAGCAGCUCCUUGCUGGAGCCCUAUGUUAUUGGCUAAUCUUGGGAGGACUCAACUUGAAGCUAUUGUUACUAUACGGAAUAUUCCUAAUCCGGGUGGAUCUAUUCAAGAAAUGGCUGCUUAUGUCUAUGAGAAUGAUAAAUGUGUAUUAAACUCAGUAGAGAAGGGCCUUUUCUUGAACGUGUAUCGCAAAGUAUUUGGAACCCCGUAUGUAGAAGAGCCUCAAGCUAUGUCCACGGGAUUGCAGGCUUCUUAUGAUGUCCUUAAUGAGCCUCGAGAAGAAGAUGAUGAUGCACCAAAGGAAUCACCACCUUUGGAUGGUGAUUUGCCGGAGGAUGCGGGUAGUACUGGUAAAGAGGGUGGUCUCUCCUCUAAGGGUCUGGUCUCAUCGGGCUUUGAUUAUGAUUCUGCUAACAAAGCUGUUGAGAGUAUUGUUGGUUCUGAGGAGAAAGGUGGCCAGUUUACUGAAUUCUUGGCCUCUGAAUUUCAGAGGAUGCGGCAAGAAAACAGUGCUGCUCACUCGACUCUGAUAAACGUGAUUGAUAAGCAUAAGGAGUCUAUCGAUGUUGAGAAUGCCUGCCUACGUAAAGAAUUAUCUACCUCGGUGGGUGCGUUAGACGAGAAGGUUUAUAACUCUAUAGAGGAGUUGAGGACUGCUACUAAUGAUAACUUUAAUGCUGUGAAGAUUUGCUUGGACGAUCGCGACCGUCAACACAAUGAAGUGACUUCUAGGUUUGAUCGUCGUCUUGAGGCUAUUGAUCUCAAAUUGACGAAUAUGGGAAGGCCUACUGUGAAGACGGUGCAGGGUGCUCAAGCUUUUGAUUUAAGUCCUGAUCGUGUAGGAGCUCAACAGGUUAUUGGUAGUAAUAACGACUUGAGGAGUCCUUAUGAUAGGCAUGUUACGUUGAGAAAACGUACUGGCUCUGCCUUUAGCUUGAAUGGUAAUGGAGAGCCUAUUGGUCGUGAUGUAGGUCGUAGCAGUCAUGACCAAGGUCUUCCUGUGGCGCCGAAUGCUACCUCUGAUUAUGGUAUGCCUUUGUACGAGCAGGAGAGUCCGACCUUUUCCUUCAACCCCGUUGGUUCUGGUGGUGGGUCUAAGGCAACUACAGAGCAAGGGGCUGGGUAUGUGCAGGGUAAGGCCUUUAAUUCGGAAAUGCCCAAUGGUUCGCUGGGUGAUCCUCGAAAGGCCACUAUUAUUGAAGCCAUUAAUGGUGGGUGGGUUACUCUGCAUGAGCACUACAGCUACUACUUUGAGGACACGGUGGGUGGCAAGGAGAAGAUUAAGACUCUGUUUGGUUGUGACUUUAUGAAUGAGGUCAAUGAUAAUCAAUGCAACGCCCAAGUCAUCAACGACAAGUUCAAGGUGGAAGGCGAGACCUAUCUCCCGGCCUGUGUACAACAGCUUCGUCGCAAGGGUCUUGAUGGCACGACCAGCUCAAUCUCGGUGGGCCAAGACGGUGUUAACCAUGAGGUCAGCUCCCUCUUGGUGGAACCUGCAGUGGUUGGGUGCAUUAUGGCCAUAUGCAUGUGCUGGAAACUCACUAUGUCUGAAGGUAUUGAGGCCUUCCUUGGUGGGUGUAGAGGUGUGUGCUUACGACAAUGUUGGUUAUGUGCUCCGUGGGUCAAGGUUAAGAAAGAUGGUUCACAGUUAGCCACCACGUGGAUUGGUCAAGAGAGUGAUGGCGAGGAAUGGGUGAAUCACUGUGACACUGAGGAGCACACUUACAAGGAGUACAUGCUGAAAAUCUAUGGUCUGUCGUUCCUGGGUAUUACCCAGGCUAUGGUUGAAGGGGCUAGGUGGACUUAUGAGCUGGCCUAUGAAACAUGGAACUCUCAAGGGAGUAAGUUGGCUACUAAUAAGUGCGAUAGAGAAGGUCCGCUGAGUGAAGGCAAGUAUAUGCCUGCCUCUAAGCAUUUAAGGUGUUUGGUGUGUAUUGAUUCUACCAAGACACCCGCCAGUGAUUGGCAACUAUCGGCUCAUUGGUCUGGUGGGUUUGGCAGUAAGAAGGAAACUCAGCACUCCUACUAUAUUAAGCGUGCCUUUUAUGAGGUUAACUAUGUGGGUUCGAGGACUGAUCCAAGGUUUUGUUAUUUGGAGGGUAGACCACCCUUGAUUAGUAACAAGAAUGUGUCUAAAAACCCUACGUGGAUGUCAACUUGGAAAAAGUGCUCGGAUCUGGGUCUCGGUUAUACGGCCUUGACGCUAAGACUGGUUAAGGAGCCUGUCUUUAAGGCGUUGAAUGAGAUUGUGGGUAGGGUCUGUGGUGUUGCAACUGUGGAUCUGCAAGAGUUCUCUCCGUCAACUGAGGACCCCAUUGGUUAUGAAGCCUUGGAUAUUGGUAGUAUCUCCCCGUUGGUGGUUAGGCCGGAUAAAGGAACACCGCCUAUGUCACCAAGCAAGUCGAACAACUUCUUCAGUAAGCUCGUGGAUUUAUCCCAGAGAAGUGAUACUCCUAUGAGUACUGAAAGUGGAAAAGAUGCUCAGACCGGCGACACCCAGGACAAGGUGGGUGAUAUUCAAAGUCAGAUCGAUGAGAUCAAGUCCAAUUUGAGUCGUUUGACUACGAUGGUUGAGGAGGUUCUCCAAGACCGUGGCUCUCGUCAUUGGGUACGUGAAGACUAUCGUGGACGUCCCUAUAAGAAGAGCUGGAGUAAAAGCUAUGGCUCUGAUGACGGUUGGCAUAAGAAGGGUGAUGAUGGUUGGAAUAAGCGCUACUCGAGUGGUAGCUCUGGCAGUCGUUGGUAA